AUGUUCAAGCAACUACUCCUUCUACUAUCUGUUCUAGUGAUAGUCAUCACAGCAGACCGGCCACAUCCAGAAGAUGCCAAACAAGCCAUCGCCGACCUCCAAGCGGCUGGAAUAGAUAAGAAGUAUGCGUUGGAAUUGUUUCAUAUCGAGCACAAAAUGAAUCAAGGAUCGGCAAAGGCUAAUGGGGAUAAGGAGAAGAUUAAGAAGUUGACAGAGGAGUAUAAUAAAGCAAAGAGUAAUUUUGAGAAGAAAAUACCGAAGGAACAGUUGGAUAAGUUGAAGAAGUUCUUGGCUUGA